AUGACUUCCGCCGACAUUGACCAAAUUGUAACCCACCCUGUACCUGAGCGCCUCCUCAAGUCGCCCGAUUUCCCUACUCCCCAUGUUGAUUCCAUGGAAAAGUACAAGGCCAUGUGGAAGGAGAGCGUAGAGAAGCCCAAGGAAUUCUUUGGAAAGCUUGCCACCGAUCUUUUGAGCUGGUCUAAGCCUUUCCAAACCGUCACACACGGCUCAUUUGAAAAGGGUGAUGUAGCAUGGUUUCUGGAGGGUGAACUCAAUGCUUCUUACAACUGUGUUGACCGCCACGCACUCAAGACCCCGGAUAAGAUUGCCAUUAUCCACGAAGGCGAUGAGCCUGACAAGGUCCGUCGCAUCACUUAUGGAGAACUCCUUCGGGAUGUGUGCCGCAUGGCCAAUGUCCUCAAGUCUCUUGGCGUCCGCAAGGGUGACAAUGUAGCUAUAUACAUGCCCAUGGUCCCUGAAGCCAUUGUUGGCAUCCUAGCCUGUGCCCGUAUUGGCGCCAUCCACUCGGUCGUAUUUGCUGGUUUCUCGGCCGAAUCUCUGCGUGAUCGUGUCAUGGACAGCUCGGCUCGUGUCAUCCUUACUUCAGAUGAGGGUCGUCGUGGUGGCAAGAACAUUGCUACUAAGCGCAUUGUUGACGAUGCUCUUCGUGAUCGAGAAACUCCUGUCGAACAUGUCAUUGUACUUCGUCGCACCGGUACACCUGUGCCUUGGGAAAACGAUCGUGAUCUCUGGUGGCACGAAGAAGUGGCCAAGGCACGCACUUUCUGCUCUCCUGAGCCUAUGAAUUCCGAGGAUCCUCUCUUCUUGCUCUACACCUCCGGAUCUACUGGUGCACCAAAGGGCAUUCUGCACACUACUGGUGGCUACUUGCUCGGUGCUGCUGCUACCGUCAAAUACAUCUUUGACUACCAUGAGAACGACAUCUUUGCCUGCAUGGCUGACAUUGGCUGGGUCACUGGUCACUCCUACAUUGUCUAUGGUCCUCUUACUCUUGGUGCCACUACUGUCCUGUUUGAAUCCACCCCUACAUACCCCAACCCUUCCCGUUUCUGGAACCUUAUUGAGAAGCACAAGAUUACCCAAUUCUACACUGCCCCUACUGCCAUCCGUGCUCUCCGCCGUCUGGGCGAUGAGUGGGUCGAAGGCAUCGAUCUCUCCAGCUUGCGUGUCAUUGGCUCUGUAGGCGAACCUAUCAACCCUGAGGCAUGGGACUGGUACAACGAAAAAGUUGGUAAGGGCAAAUGUGCUGUUGUCGACACCUACUGGCAGACCGAGACUGGUUCUAUCAUUGUCAGUCCUCUUCCUGGUGCUACUCCUACCAAGCCUGGAUCUGCUACUUUCCCCUUCUUUGGUAUUGACCCAGUCAUCCUCGAUCCUACCACUGGAAAGGUCAUGGAUGUUGUUGAUGAGACUGGUGUUCUUGCUAUCCGCCAGCCCUGGCCUUCUAUGGCACGUUCGGUCUACAACAACCACAGCCGCUUCAUGGAGACCUAUCUCUCUCCUUACCCUGGCUACUACUUCACAGGUGAUGGUGCUUCCCGUGACAAGGAUGGUUACAUCUGGAUUCGUGGUCGUGUAGAUGAUGUCAUCAAUGUAUCAGGUCACCGCCUUUCUACAGCAGAGAUCGAGAGUGCUCUUGUUCAUCAUGAAACAGUUGCUGAAGCAGCUGUUAUUGGUGGUUUUGAUUCCCUCACUGGCCAAUGUAUCCAUGCAUUUGUUACUCUCAAGCCUCACAUCGAAGCUACCGAAGAUUUCCUCACCAAAGAACUUACUCUCCAGGUCCGCAAAAUCAUCGGUCCCUUUGCUGCUCCCAAGCGUAUCUACAUUGUCAACGAUCACCCCAAGACCCGUUCUGGCAAGAUCAUGCGCCGUGUGCUGCGCAAAAUUGUCGAUAAUGAGCACAAGCAACUUGGUGACAUCUCUACAUUGGCUGAUCCAUCUGUAGUUGCUGUUAUCAUUGAAAAGGUUCACGGUCCUGUCUAA